AUGGCCUUGCCUACCAUUAAUAAGGAUAAUAGCUUGGAUCGACUUGAUGAUCUUCUUCGUCGAUUUUGGGAGGUGGAAAGCUGCGUGGAGCCAAUUGCACAUGCUACUAAGGAAGAACUGGACUGUGAGGCGCACUUUACAAAGCAUUUCAUUCGCUCUCCUGCUGGAGAUUAUUCUGUUCGUUUGCCUGCCAAGCUCAACCUGGAAUUAUUGGGUGAGUCCUACCAGCAAGCUUAUCGUAGAUUCCUGUCCCUAGAGAAGAAACUAGAUCGUCGGCCAGCCUUGAAGUCCCAAUAUGCGGCUUUUAUAAAGGAAUACCUUGACUUGGGGCACAUGUCAACAGUUGCUGGCGCAGACCUCGCUUCUUGUCGCUUCUUUUUGCCUCAUCAUUGCGUCAUAAAGGAGGAGAGUUCCACUACAAAGCUACGCGUAGUUUUUGACGGAUCUGCCGCGACUUCAUCAGGCUACUCUCUUAAUGAUUUGCUCAUGGCAGGCCCCGUAACCUUAAGUCCCUGUAGGCGUUCUGUCUUGUCUGCCAUUGCACGAUUUUAUGAUCCUCUUGGAUUGGUUGGGCCGGUGAUAGCAAAAGCGAAAAUUUUCCUUCAGCAAUUGUGCAAGGAAAGGUUAUCCUGGGAUGAAAGUCUUCCUGAGGCUCAGAAUACGGAAUGGAGUUCAAUAUGCAGGAGUUUCGAGCAAAUCAGGCGUUUGGGUUUCCCUCGGCAAGUGCUUUCUCCAAAUUCAGAGAUUCAGGUCCAUGGAUUUUGCGAUGCCAGCAUGGAAGCAUACGGCGCCUGUGUCUACAUCGUGUGCAGUGGACAGUCGCGGUUGCUUUGUUCAAAGUCAAGGGUUGCUCCCUUGAAGACACUCACCGUGCCCAAGCUGGAGCUUUGUGGAGCCGAUCUCUUAUCUAAGCUUAUCUCAGAGGUAGCUGGCACCAACGUAUUCAAGGGACAGUAUUAUUGUUGGAGUGACUCUGCGGUUGCGCUGUCCUGGAUCCGAGACGAGCCCUCCAGAUUCAACAUGUUUGUGGCAAACCGAGUUGCUGCCAUUCAAGAGCGAACCGAUUCGAUGGAGUGGCGUUACGUUCCAACUUCUUUGAAUCCGGCUGACAUUCUCUCCCGAGGUGUCCUUCCCACUGAGCUGAGCGAGUCCCCUGUCUGGUUUAAUGGGCCGGCAUUUCUUUGCAGACCCAAGUUUGACUGGCCUUCCCCAAUCCUUGCUGAGAAGUCAACGCUUGAGCUUCGCCGAAAGGUCCUGUUUAUAAAAUCGCCAUACGUAGAUAUCGUAGCCUGUUCCAAAUUUGCAAAUUCCUUCGCGGCGCUUCAAAGAAUUUUCGGAUACGUCUGCAAAUUUAUUAAUCGCAUUCGGCAGCCGGAUCUUAAGGUGUCGGAUAUCCAAAGCGGUACUCAGUUAUUGCUUCGGCUGGUUCAGCGUUCUCAUUUAUGGGAAGACAUAAAAUCCUUGCAGUCUAAGGAAGUUGUAGCCCCAUCUAGUUCGCUUGCGGCUCUAUCUCCUUUUAUCGAUCAUUUUGGGCUUCUUAGAGUGGAUGGCCGACUAAAAAACUCGUCGCUGGAUUUCAAUGGCCGUCAUCCAAUCAUAUUGCCACGGAGCCAUCCUGUCACAGCCGCCGUCAUUACUCACUUUCAUGAGCGUAAUCUGCACACUGGACCUCGGGCCCUACUCGGCAUAAUUCGAUCCCAGUAUUGGCCUAUUGGGGGGAGGAAGACAGUGAGCAAGGUCUUGAACAAAUGCGUCAGAUGCUUUCGAACGAAGCGUCGAUUAGUCGAGCAUGUAAUGGCGGAUCUCCCAAAGGAGCGAUUGGAUGGAUCGCAUGCAUUUGAAGUCACUGGCAUUGAUUUUUGUGGGCCAUUCUUUUACAAGCCGGAAGUGCGAAAUAAGGCCCCAGUGAAAUGCUACGUUUGCGUCUUUAUCUGCUUCGCAACAAAGGCCAUACACUUGGAGUUGAUCAGGGAUCUCUCAACAGUAUCAUUUCUGCAUGGCCUCAAGAGAUUUAUAUUGUAA